GAAGAAGAAGAAGAAGAAGAAGAAGAAGAAGAAGAAGAAGAAGAAGAAGAAGAAGAAGAAGAAGAAGAAGAAGAAGAAGAACUCACUUCCGCUGGCGGAACCUCCCGGUGUGACACCCGCCGGAAGUAAACAACGUUAGCUCUGCGGAUCAUGCUGCGGAUGAGGAGCUAGCUGGAAGACGCUGGUGGUGUCGUGCGCUGGACAGAUGUUUCAGCGGUGAAGAAGAAACGAUGUCCUCAAUUCAUCGUUUGACAGAGUUCGUCGUCGAGCGACUAACUGCUGCUGCAGAACAAAUAUCCAGAGACUUUGAAACAAGUGUCGUCGAGUACCAGGAAGAGAUCGUCCGUCAGCGCAGACUGCUGGACAUCGUCUGGAAACCCGAGAGGAAGCUCCACAGGACCGAGCUCCCAUAGCAACAUGUCUGUAAGGAGGAGGAGGUUCUCUCCGAGCAGCAGCCCUGUGACCAGGAGAGGAACUCCAGUCUGGACCAAGAGGAGCCAGAGCAACCACCACCUGCUGCUGAAGAAAAACCCAGAGUCACCGAGAAUAUUAUCAUUGAGUUCAAUGAAGACAUUGAGCAUCAGCGCAGACUGCUGGAUAUCGUCUGGAAACCCGAGAUAAAGCUCCACAGGACACAGCUCCAACGGCAACAUGUCUGUAAGGAGGAGGAGGUUCUCUCUGAGCAGCAGCUCCGUGACCAGGAGAGGAACUCCAGUCUGGACCAAGAGGAGCCAGAGCCUCCACAGAUGAAAGACGAACAGGAGGAACCAGUCAGCAGUCAGGGAGAGCAGCUUGUACUGAAUCAGGAGACUGAUACCUUUGUGUUGACUCCUACUCAUGAGGAAAGUGAGAACAGUGAACCAGAACCAAACGGUGACCAGCAGCUCCUCUCUCACUACUCUCCUGUAGCUGAGAGCCAGGAUCAGAGAGGAAGUGAGCAGGUGGAGCCAGGAUCAACUAGAAAUGAAGAGACAAAGAGAAAGAAGAGACGUCACAAUAACACAAGUCACAGUGACGAUGUAGACAACUCUCCCCCAACAAAGAGUCACUGUAACAGUCACAAAAGUGAGAAUCUGCAUUCUUGCAAGAAUUGUGGGAGAGGUUUUAGGUUCCGUAGUGGCUUAAAGGUCCACAUGAGUAGUCACACAGGUGAGAAGCCAUUUCCUUGUGAAACAUGUGGGAAAGGUUUCACACGGCGUCAUGACCUGAAAACUCACAUGAGAGUCCACACAGGUGAGAGGCCGUAUUUGUGCAAAACAUGUGGUAAAGGUUUCAAACAUAAUUGUCAUCUCUUUUUUCACGUGAGAGUCCACACAGGUGAGAAGCCAUAUCCUUGUGAAACAUGUGGGAAUUGUUUCAAACGGCUUUAUGAGCUGAAUCUUCACAUGAGAGUCCACACAGGUGAGAAGCCGUAUUUGUGCAAAACAUGUGGGAAAAGUUUCAAAAAUAGUAGCCAUCUGUUUCUUCACAUGAGAGUCCACACAGGUGAGAGGCCAUAUCCUUGUGAAACAUGUGGGAAAUGUUUCAAACAGCGUGAUGAGCUGAAUAUUCACAUGAGAAGUCACACAGGUGAGAAGCCGUAUUUGUGCAAAACAUGUGGGAAAUUUUUCUGCCGGCCAUCCUCCUUAAGAUUGCACAUGAGAACUCACACAGGUGAGAAGCCAUAUUCUUGUCAAACAUGUGGGAAACGUUACAAACGGCGUGAUGAGCUGAAAAGUCACAUGAGAACUCACACAGCUGAGAAGCCGUAUUCUUGUGAAACAUGUGGGAGCCGUUUCAAACGGCGUACUGGACUGAAUGCUCACAUGAGAACUCACACCGGCGAGAAGCCGUAUUCUUGUGAAGCAUGUGGGAAAUGUUUCAAACAGGGUUCUCACCUGAAUGGUCACAUGAGAACUCACACAGGCGAGAAGCCGUAUUUGUGCAAAACAUGCGGGAAAUGUUUCAAACAGAGUACUGACCUGACUGUUCACAUGAGAACUCACACAGGUGAGAAGCCGCAUCCUUGUGAAACAUGUGGGAAACGUUUCAAACGGCGCACUGACCUGAAUGUUCACAUGAGAGUCCACACAGGUGAGAAGCCGUAGUCCUGUGAAACAUGUGGGAAAUGUUUCAGUAAGGGAUCAAACUUAAACACACGAGUACAGAUUAAAAGUCGAACGUACUGUCGAAUUUACUAAACAUGUGGGAGAACUUUCACACUUUCGUGCUGAAUGGACUUUGAACAGGAGAAGAGCCACACGGGUGAGAAACCACGUGAACACAGCGCCUGAGGGAAAAGAUGCUCCGUUGUGUCUCGGUGAGGAAGUCGCGUGAGAUCACAGACAGUGCAGUAACAUACUGUAUGUAAAAUACGUGGGAGAGUUUCAGUUGUAGUGGUUCAUGGACAAAACACAAGAACCCACAGUAGUGAAGAGCCACAAAAGCACAGCUGAUGUGCUCAAAGUUCUUCUAAAUUCACACAGUUUAAAAAAACAAAACAGUUUCCACAAGAGACAUCAUCAAGAUGAAACUUGUGUGGAGAGGAGUUCACUUGGUUCAUUUGACCGUGUGACUCAUAUUUCUGUUUGCUGCAGCAUUUCUUCAAAUGUAACAUUCCAAAUCUUCACAGGCUGUUAAAUAACUAUGUCUAUAUUCUCCACCUCAGUUAUUUGAGUGGACUGUGAACUCUCUGUUGCUGAACCUGAGAAACUCCAGUCCUGUUGCGUCACUCAUCUCUUCAUCCUGCCUGUAAGUCUUUGCCUCCAACAUGUCCUUUCAUUUUUUAUUCAAGGUUUUUCUUGAUUCGGACUUUAGAGGGGACACAAGUUGUAGAUGGUGGUUUUGUAAAUCAUUAUUAUGAUAAUGAAUAUAUUUCUUUCAGUCCUGGUGAUUGUUACCUUAACUGUGAGUGUCAUUACUUUAACUGGGAGUGAUGAAUAUUACAGUCGGUGUCUAAAGGAACGUGGAAUGAAAUGUUUUUCCUGAUCUCACGUAUUUGUUUUAACAAUAAAGCUUCUUACAGUGA